AUGAACGACCCCAAAGGCACUGUCGUCUUCUCCACUGUUGGCAGGCCCCACUACGGCUUCGACCUUUUCUCACUCCCCCUCCACUCCUCCUUCAAUAAUCUCGCCUCAGAGCACCGCCUCUCCGACGGCAUUUCCGUCAACUUCAACGCGCAAUUUGCCAACGACGAUCCCCACUCCGUCGUCUUCAUCUCCGAGAGAACCGGAUUGCCCGCCAUUUACUUAACCCGACCCGGACUCCCCACCCCAAAACUCUUACACUCCGAACCCGGAAGCCUCUUCCACGACCGCCCCAUCCUCAAAAACGACAUCCUCUACUUCAUCUCAGCUCACCAACACCCCAAUCGACCCUUCAAGUCCUGGUCUGCUCUCUACUCCACUACCACCACACUCCUCCUCGAUGAAGAUCAAAACCAAAACCCCAAAACCACCCGAUUGACUCCUUCUGACGCCGUCGAUUACAGUCCCGCCAUUUCUCUCUCCGGCCAAUUCGUCGCCGUUGCGUCCUACGGCUCUCGUCCUUGGGACGGUGAGUUUCACCACCUCAACACAGAUAUUGUCGUCUUCCGAGCAUCGCAGCCCAGCAAGCGUGUGCUCGUCUGUCAGCGAGGUGGCUGGCCCACCUGGUCCGGUGAUGCCGUCAUCUAUUUUCACCGCCAAGAUGACGACGGCUGGUGGAGCAUUUUCCGGGUCGAUUUCUCCCAAGAUCUCGAGUCUUCUUCCGGGUACCCGAUCACUCCCACUCGGGUCACUCCCUCGGGGCUCCACUGCUUCACUCCGGCCGCUCUCCACGACGGCAAGCAAAUCGCCGUCGCCACUCGCCGGCCCGAAAAGAAUUUCCGGCACAUUGAGCUCUUCGACGUCGAAUCAAAGACUUUUCGUCCGGUGACCGAGACUCUGAACCCGAACUUCCACCAUUACAACCCGUUUGUUUCUACCAAUUCCCAGUUUCUCGGGUACCAUCGAUUCCGCGGUGAGUCGACCCAGUGGGGGGAGACGACGAUUCCUUAUCUCGAGCCAGUUUCGUCUCCGAUCAAACAACUCCAGAUGCUGAGGAUUCACGGUUCGUUCCCAACCUUCUCUCCGAACGGCGAUCUCAUCGCGUUUAAUCACGAUUUCGAUGCCAACGCCGGCAUCAAGAUCGUCAAAUCCGAUGGCUCAAAGCGUUGGAAUUUGAUCAAGGACCGUGCAGCGUUCUACAACGCCUGGAGCCCCACAGAGAAACACGUCAUUUUUACCUCGCUGGGCCCAAUCUUCCAGUCCGCAAAAACAACGGUCCAGAUUGCACGAAUUGAAUUUAACCCGUCUGAUCUGGACGGUGAUAAAGAGGAGAUCCCAUGCAAUGUCAAGAUAUUGACUAAAGAGGACACAGGGAACAACGCCUUCCCUUCGUGCUCCCCAGACGGCAAGUCGUUGGUAUUCCGCUCCGGUCGGACCGGCCACAAGAACCUCUACAUUAUUGACGCCGUUAACGGCGAGUUUAAUGGUGAUGCUCGUCGGUUAACGGAGGGCCAGUGCAUUGAUACAAUGCCCAGCUGGUCACCGAAAGGAGACCUCAUUGCUUUCUCAUCGAACAGACACAACCUGGAUGAUGUUGCGGUGUUCGGCAUUUACGUCAUCAAACCGGACGGUUCGGGUUUGAGGAGGGUCUACGCGGCGGGAGAUGACGUGGAGAGGGAGAGGAUCAACCACGUGUGCUUUAGUAAGGAUGGGGAGUGGCUGUUGUUCACGGCGAACUUGGGAGGCGUGACGGCUGAGCCGGUGUCGCUGCCGAAUCAGUUUCAGCCGUACGGGGACUUGUACGUGGUGAGAUUGGACGGGAGUGGGCUGAGGAGGCUGACGUGGAAUGGGUACGAGAACGGGACGCCAGCGUGGCUUGAGGGUGAUGAGGUUGUGGACAUGGGGCGUUUGCGUUUGGAAAAUGAAGUUGGAGGAGAUAAGCUCAAGGGUCGGUUUGAAGAACCUCUUUGGAUCUCUUGCGACUUCUAG